CACUUUCGCAAACAUAAAGGUUCAUACGCAAACGAUGCAGCCAAGCCUAGAGGCCAAGCUACUGUAUCCCGUGGGCCUCACUGACGAUUUGCACAGAUACAUAUCUGGAACUAGUGUGGAUCCAAUCCUUCUCCGUCACAUCAAUGAACACCAAAAGUUGAUUGAUACAAUUUUCAUUCCACAAUGCGCCGACCCCCGGCAACUGAUCACCUCUACAAGGCGACGCAUUAUGGCAGGAUUCCUACCGGAGCAUAAAACUUGUUCUUUCGUCGAAUUCGCCCAAAUGUUACCUUCACUCGAGUCGCUAUCCAUUGUCUUCUGCGGCGGGUGGAUAGGCAAUAUCUAUGACUACUGGGAUAAGAGAGACUACGUGGAUCUCUUUCAGCACCGCAAAGUCAAGACAUGUGAGCUCCUUAUUUCUGGAUACAUGCCUUAUACUUUCGCGGCCGCUAUAUGUCACAUGUUCGACUUAUCCACGGUGACGAGAUUGAUUUUGUCUGAUUGCAAUACAUGGUUAUUCGCAGCUGUUUCAUGCUUGCCAGAACUGGAAAAUCUGACGCAUUUCCAGUUCUACACCAAGGACAGCAGCAUGUACCCAAAAUUCUCAGGAGAAUGCAAAGACCUUUUUCAGCGGAACCAAAGUCUUCAGCAUGUUUACCUCAGUUUGAGCUGGCUUGCGGAUAUACCUUUAGGGCCUGAGACACCCUCGGGCGACACAUCAUAUCUCUGGCCUCUGCAUCACAGGCUUAAGACGCUCGCCUUGUACGAUCCAAUUAAUGAGUCGCUGGGAGAUGAUGUUCUGGAAACGGCGCUCGUAUUUUUGCCAGACUCAAGCCUAGAGUACAUCUGCCGUGAGUUUUUAGGCCUGCAACAAUUUGCAUUGCAACCGCCUGUGCAGGAUCUACUGUCAGCCUGUCAAACUGACGCGAGGACGGAUUUCCUACUUCAAUAUCUGGAACCUAUCAAACUACUCAAAGAUCUACGUAUCUUGCAACUCUACGAAUAUCCCGUGAGCACGGUUCAUCUUCCACGUUCUCUGGCCGGUGAUGCAGCCGCUGUUGGCGCCCAUCAAGUAGCUACUCGUUUCUUCCAGGGUGUACAUCCCCAUUGCCCCUACUUGAACGUGUUGGUAUUGGGUAUUGGCGGCGACUUUUUCGAACCCGAGUUUGCCCUGGGCGUUAAUCAUGAUGACAGACACAUUGUUCAGCGGGCCUCACAACACAUAUUCGUCAAGCGACAGAAAACACUUGACAGUGGGUCAGUGCACGUCGCAGCAGAUCUUGUGUCGCCUAUACGAAUUUGUGAUGAAUUUCCCGACUUAGACUUACUCGCCUAUGAUCCUGGAUAUCAGAUACUGCAUCGGCUCAAUUAUCAACAGUGCUGAUAAACCUGUUAUUUCAAAGAUCGUUUUUGCGGGACCACCGGUCUCAUCGCGCCGGUUUUGUGAUUGUCGAUCUCGAAAAACAUGGGAAUGGCCACUUAUCGAUCACCUUUCCCAACAGGGUAGAGCCUAUAUAGACAAAUAUCCCUAAUUUCGCGUAUUCCUCACAUUAUGCGAGAACGGGACCAAGUACAAAACGACCGUGUGCACCGAGCCGCGUUGCC